UGCACUGAGGCCAAGUGAUCUGAUUGAGAUUGACAGUUUAGAUCUGGUGUUUGAAACCUCGGUUGACGGCUCAGACAGUGAAAAUGGAGACAUGCAGGCGUUUCUUCAGCAGCUGGAGGCUGAAGGGAGAGUCUACUGGGCAGAACCGGUGCAGCUGUCCAACUCCACCUCCAGCUCAACCCCCGUCCCUGAAGAGUCCAGCAGCCUGGACGCUUCAGAAGCAACUGACCGUCAGAUGGAAAGACAUGAGAGUGUCUGCUCUAAAACGUCUUCCUCCAGCUCUACAAUGCCACUCCCCAAGACACCAGGCCGAUCUGUGUCUCUUCAGAUGUCUUCUGGCCUGUCUACCCAUAUCGUCCACAGGAAGGAUGUCCCCUACAUGGACAAGUCAAAACAGGCCAGUCUUCCAUGUAUACUUCCACUGGACACGUCCACCCCCUUCAGAGCCGUACAGUCCUGGACCGACCUGCAAAUCAAAAGAAAGCCAGAUCAGACUCAGGAAGCAGUGACGUCUCUACCACAGUGUGUCCCUCCACUGUCCAUCGACUGGCAGUCCCAUGAGACCACAACUGAUCUGGCUCCAGAUGACGAUGCCGUGUCUGUGGACACCGGGCUGUGGCCCGAUGAGCAAGACUCAAUCGAUGGACACGAUCCUGAAGAGACGAUGUUCUGGGAAGUGGCUCGCUGCAGCUCCUGUGGACACCGAUGGUCCUCCUGCUCUGGGAAGUGUCGCCGCUCGCAGCAUGCCUUCACACACUCCGAUCACUGUGAGGAUGAGGAUGAGCAGAUGAUGAAGAGCCUGCAGCGGUUCGGCUGUGUUCUCAGUCACAUGGAGGAUCAGCUGUCUGAGGCCCAGGCUGCAGUGUACUGCUCUCUCUCUGACACAGACAGGGAGACGGUGCGGGACAUCGAGGAUCUGAGACGGGCAGUGAAGCAGGAAGCUGCUCUCCUGGAGGUUCUGCUGAGUGAAGUGAGCUGUCUCCACGAUGAGAGCAUGAAGAUGAAGAUGGACUCGCUGCUGGAGGAGCAGUCGCUGGUCUGCUCUCAGCUCAGGAUUCUUCCAGGUUCUGCGUCACUGAGCCCGAUCGGCAGCAGGUCGGUGGCCACUCAGUGCUGCCUGCUCCCCGGCGAGGACCUGGACCGGUCCCCGAGGCAGACGGACAGGCUGGAGCCAGUGAGCUUCCUACAGAGGAUGAAAACAUCAUGCAUUCAGUAGAUGGACUGUUUCUGCUGCUGUCUCUCCUGGAUCCAUCCUCAUGCCUGAACCAGCAGACAGUCCUGUAGAACCGGGAGCCCGGUGAGCUUCUGACAGGGUGAGAUCUUUAAAGAGUCAUGCACAGAGGUCCCAGGAUGGAUUUUUAAGAUGAGCAAGGCGCAGCCUCAUUGAUGGGCCCACAACUUGCCAUUGUGGAUACAAGGCGCACCGCUGUGCAUGCUGGGUGCUCUUUGUUGUGUUGCAUCGCCAAGUUUGUCCCUCUUUUUAUCUGGACAGUGGCCCACAAAGGAUACG